GCGUAUGUUAUAAAUAACAGCCGCUGCACAUGUCUCCCGACUGUCUUUUAAAAAUGUUCGCUCUGCAAUGUAUCGUUUGGUGGGGACUCCCAGUGCUCGUCAUAGCUGUUGUCAUCAAGGCUGCUCCUUGGUUCAUCUGGGGACGCAGAUACUUGCAGCUGGGGUCCAAGAUACCUGGUCCUCCUGCCAUACCACUUUUGGGCAACCUGCUGCAAGGACUACCUCGCAGGAACGACGCCCUGGACUACUUCACGGAACUGCUUGACUGCUACGGUCCUGUGUGCAAGGGGUGGAUUGGACCGCACCUGGCUGUCGGACUUUCGGAUCCAAAGGAUGCUGCAGUGAUAUUGAGCAGCAGCAAAACUUUGUCAAGAACAUUUAUAUACAAGCCUGUCACCUUGAUUUUCGGCAACUCUUUGAUUUCUUCGGAAAACAAAGCGUGGAAGAAAUUCCGUAGGCUUAUGGAACCAGCCUUCGUUCAACAGAUUGUCAACUCUUAUGUCAGCAUAUUCCAAGAGAAGAGCCGAUCUAUGGCUGACGCGAUGGAGAAAUUUUCCGACGGAGAUUCAUUUGACGUCCUGAACUACACGAUGAAUUGCACGCUAGAAAUGCUCUCCGAGACAAGCUUAGGCGUACCGACAAACCUACAAGUCGCAACCAACAAACAUCACAGUGUUGUAAUAAACUUCCUAAAACUAGGCAAAAUUUUGACUUUUUUGAUAACAGCGCCGUGGUUUUGGUUCAAAUACACCCUUAAAUUAUCCACAUUUUAUCAUGAAAUUUGUCAGUUAGUUCAACCAAUACGAAAUUUUGUUGACCUAUUAAUUAAAGAAAAAAUUUCUUCACAUAUUAAUGCAAAGGGAAAAUGUAUUAUAAGUGAUGUAAGCGAUAUAUCAUGUACCAACACGCCGAAUUCACGGCUGGGAUUCAUGGACCACAUGGUAUCGACUAUGAUAAACAAACCAGGAAUCUUCACUGAAGAGGAACUGCAGGACGAGACGAUGUUUCUUAUCGCAGCUGGCACAGAAACAACAGCCUACACAGUAGCGACCGCACUGAUGCUGCUGGGGUUACAUCAAGAUGUGCAGAGGAAAGUCGUGAAAGAGCAGGAAGAUAUAUUCGGUGAAGAUACAAAUCGAUCUGUCACUGAAAGGGAUCUGAAGGAGAUGGUGUACUUGGAGCAGGUGAUCAAGGAAACAAUGAGGCUAUACCCUCCAGUGCCAAUUGUUGGAAGGUGGGUGGACGAAGAUGUUCGUAUUAAGAACUACACUAUACCAGCUGGAACAACGGUUAUGAUUCCUAUUUAUCGAAUACAUAGAGAACCGUCUUACUACCCAGAUCCAAUCAAAUUCGAUCCCGAAAGGUUCAACAAAGAAAACAGUUCCAGUCGCCCUAAUUGUUCGUUUAUUCCAUUCUCUUCUGGACGUAAGAUGUGUUUGGGCAAGAAAUACGCGUACAUAGCGAUGAAGACUAUGUUGUCGGUAGUGCUUAGAAGAUACCAAGUGCUCGAAUAUGGUUCUCGAAAUGACAUGGAAUGUUAUAAAUUUGAAUUGUUUCUAAAGCUAGUUAAUGGCUACAACAUUAAGCUUAAGUCCAGGAUGUUGAAAACAAAGUGAUUUAACCAGGUUGUUGUGUCUGUGUGUCCUUAAAAUACAGGACGUCCCAUCAUCUCAACAUUAAGCCGAGAAUUUUUUAUAGGCCAGUCAAUUUCUGUUUUGAAUAAAAAAAAUAAAAGUGUUGUUUUCUGUUUAUAGACAUUUCUCAAAAGAUUAAAAAUCUAAAUCAUUCACCAAAAUUAUUAGUUACUGUGACUAAAAAUACGCAAUUAAAAAUAGCACAAUCAUUGAUAACUCUUCAAAAUAAGAUUAAAUAUGCUAUACUUUUAGGGGGGAAUUAUUUCGAAGACUUAUGCGGCAAACUUUUUUAAUCGGAUAAAUUUGACUUGUCAUACUAUAAAAAAAAUACUUUACUAACUUAGCAAGUUAUUUGAAAAUAUAGCUAGUCAAAGUUAACCAACUAAAAAUUCUUGCCGCAUAAGUUGUGAAAAGAAUAUUUCCCCCCAAAAGUAUAAUAAUUUUGAAUUUAUUUUGAGGUGUUAUAAAUAGUAGUGUUAUUUAUUAUUGCGUAGCAAAAAAUUUUAUUCAUUGUAUCUAAACAUUUGGGGCAAGGUGGGAAUUUUAAAACUUUUGAAAGAUGCCUAUAGCCCGUAAACUACGACUCUUUUUGGACUUUGGUUUUGAUAUUCAAAACCGUAAUUUACUGGCCUAUCAACUGUUCUUUGCUUGACGUUGAGCUGUGGGACAGCCUGUAUACAGGAAGGACAAGUUUAAGUGUAUGUAAAUAUAAAACCUCUUCUGCAUUAGCAAUGAAGCCUAAAAUUUUUAGUGUUUAUAAACAGAGGUGAUAAAUAUGGUGUAUGACAAUAUCAUUUUUAAUUAUAAACCGUUUUUGAUUAACUGGCAUGUGUAUAUUUAUUAACUUAAAGUAGGUAUUAAUGCAUUCGAAAUCUGUUACUUAGUUACAUAUAGAAGAAUAUCAAUGGACUAUUCUAAAAAAAAAGUAUUUUUUUUGGCAGAUAAUAAAUUAGGUUACUUUCACUAUGAAGAGCAAGGACUAAUAUAUUUUUGGUAAUAUGUAUAUUAUUAGUUUACAGAAAUUUAAAAAAUUGUAUUAAGCACUGUAUUAAUUAAUUAUUCAAAAAAUCCUAUUAAAAUGUUUGCUAGUAUUUAUAUUAAACUUCAAAAAUUAUCAAAAAAAAUUUUGUGGGUGCGUGUACUCAAGAACGAAAGUAAGAAGUUAUACUUAUAUGGUGUUUUUGCAUGCAAAAAAAUGAAUAGAAAUAAAGUAAUAAAAAAUG